GACGAAGACAAAAGAUUUAACUAGUCUCUAACAGUCUGUACUCGGAGUAAGUCAAGUCUUAGUAAUCCGCAGUCAGUGAGUUGAAAACAUUCUCGUUUUAAUUGUCGAAGGAUUCGGAUCAAAAAAUAAUUAUUAAAUAUGGUGUCUAAAAUUUUAUUUAUUAUUUUAUUUACCUUUUUAACUUUUACAACUAAUGAUGUAGAAGCAGACGGAUGGAAGUUUUGGAAAAAAGAAUCUACAACAACGACUACUACAACAACUGUAUCCCCACCUAUAAUCGCAGUGAAUCCAAAUUCUGGCGUAGGCCAAGCGAUAGCUAAUGCCGGUAAUCCGAGCCUCGCUGUAGGCGCCAAUAAUGCAGGAACUAUUCGAGUUUCAACCACGGCGAGACCGCGUCACCCAAAUCCCGGAACGGAAGUUGGUUUAGAUGUACCGAAUUCCAGACCUAAACUUAAUAAUCAAGAUUACAGAAACUUAGCGAUUGAUCUAACGGGUGCUGGAGAACCAGCACGACAACCUCCGAAAUCGGGAUCAGCUGCUAAUCCUGCAUCUCCACUUCCAUCAAUUCCAGCAGCUGGGGCACCACGACCGAAUUCUAAUCCAACUCCGGUUCAAAAUAAACCCAUAUCAUCUACAACCAGGCCUUUAGUAACAUCAACUACACCACGACCAGUAAUAAAUAAUCCAGGAUCUCCACAAACCGGGCCAAAACUUUCUGGUUUACCAUCUGGAGGAUCAUUACCAGGACCAUCAUGGGCUGAAGUUGCUGGUGGUUCUAGUAGAUCUGGUUCACCAACACCAGCAUCUAGAUCUGGUUCACCAACACCAGUAUCUAGACCUGAUUCACCAGCACCAGCAUCGAGACCUGAUUCACCAGCACCAGCACCAGCAUCGAGACCUGGUUCACCAGCACCAGCAUCAAGACCUGGUUCACCAACACCAGUAUCUAGACCUGGUUCACCAGCUCCAGCAUCUAGACCUAAUUCAGGAACAGAUCAAUCUUCUUUAACACGUCCAGCUGUUGGAGGAGCUGUUGUUGGCGCUGGAGCAGCUGCAAUUGCUGGUGGUUCUAAAGUAGUUUAUUCAAGUAAUCCGACUUACAGUAAAGGAAAUGUUGUAACUGAUGAAGAUUUGGAAAAAUUAUCAGAAGCGUUAUUCAUUAAAGAUAACAACAAUGCCUUUAAACAUAUUACAAUUAAUCUACAAAAACAAACUAAUCCAAGUAGUCCAAAAGACGAAGCCCCACAGCCAUUGUUGACAGUAAAUCCGGCAGCAUUACAAAUUCCAACAAUUUCAAAAGUCCUUACAAUUUAUGAUAAUUAUCAAUUAGACUCGAGAGUUAAUGAACACAUAAGUCCCCUUCAACGAACUGAAGAGAGUCUUCUUGUUGACACAUUCCUCAGUACCAAUGUUAUGUCAGCGGCAAUGAAAUUUUUAGCAGAUAAAGGGUUUAUUAAAAAAGAUUAUUAUGAAUAUAAAGAUACUUUGAGAAGGUUGUGGUUCAACUUAUACUCAAGGGGAGAAGGUAAAAUUGGAUCAUCUGGAUUUGAACAUGUUUUUCUGACGGAACUCAAGUCAGGGACGGAAGUUAGUGGUCUACAUAAUUGGAUUUAUUUCAAUGCUGAGGAAGGUAAAAACAGAGUUAAUUAUCUUGGAUACAUGAAGAAAUUAGAUCUUGGUGACAAAGGUGUAAUUGUAAAGUUACAUGCUAAGUUUAAUGACAUUGAUAAACCAGUGACGACAAUGUUUGUUGGAACAUCACCGGAAUUGGAAAUGGCUCUCUAUACUGUUUGUUUCUUCACAAGAUCUGAAAGCUCGUGCCCUGUGUCACUGGGUGGUUCCAAAUUCAAUAUUAUCACUCACAAGUUUAAGUAUCGUGGCAAUGAUUUAAUUGGGUCUGCGUAUCCUGAUCUGUAAAUUUAUUAUAAGUAUCAAUUGUUAUUGUUGAUAUUAAUAUUAUUAUUAUUAACAUUGAUUUUAAGUUCGUAAGCCAAUUGUUUUAAUAAAUAAAUUAUCACAUUUA